CUGAAGACGUCUCAUUCCUGCACAACUACAAGGCUGCAGUGGAAAGAGUCCAGCGCUGCCCCCUGCUGGAUGAUCCACAGCUGCCCUCAGGAGCUCUGAUAGACCAGGCCAAACACCUGGGCAACCUGACCUUCAACAUCUGGAACAACAUGAAGGACACGGUCUCCUACACUCCUCUUAUUCUGGACCCAAAUACUGCUCAUCCAAAACUCAUCCUGUCUGAAGAUCUGACCAGUGUGAGACGAGGAGAGAGGCAGCAGCUUCCUGAUAAUCCAGAGAGGUUUGAUGAUUCCUACUCUGUCCUGGGCUCUGAGGGCUUUAACUCAGGGACUCACAGCUGGGAUGUUGAUGUUGGAGAAAAUACACGGUGGUUACUGGGUGUGUUAGCAGAGUCUGUGGAGAGGAAGGGACGCAUAUGGACUGGAUUUUGGGGAAUAGGGUUUUAUAAAGAUAAAUAUUCAGCACUCUCACCAUUAACUGAAACUGCUCUCUCAGUCCAGAAGAAGUUCCAGAGGAUCAGAGUGAAUCUGGACUGGAACAGAGGAAAGCUGUCGUUCUCUGAUCCUGAUACUAACACACACAUACACACCUUCACACACACUUUCACUCACAGGAUGUUUCCAUAUAUUUGGCCUGAUGGUAAAGUGAAGGUGUGUCCGUUGAAGGUGUCAGUGUCAGUGGAGCAGAUGAGUUGAGGAUUAUGAUAUUUCUAAUGUUGUUUCCUGUCAGUGAAUUGAAGCUGUUAAACUGCAGCUGUCCUCCUGCUGCCUCGUUGUUCCAAAGCUCUUUGUUUCUCUUUUAGUUCCCACUGUUUCUUUCUGUUUCUGCUGUCCACCUUUUCACAUGGAAAAUCAUUUCACUGUUUCUCACUGAAUGACUCCCCAAACUAGAUUUGAAAUUCUAUCAAGUUUCUAAUCAUUACAAGUGAUUCAUGUUUCUAUUUGAUGUGUGUAAAUGGAGAUGAUUUAGUUUGCUGGGAUAUGGACUGACAUGUGUUGAAUGGGAGGAGCAGUUUGUUGUUGUCUUCUUGUCUGUUUAUGACAACAAUAAAUAUAUUGUUGAAACAA